CCAUCGCUUCCUCCAGCCUCCCCUAACGCACGCAGCUAUGAAGGAGAGUUGAGCUCUGCCACCUUCAGUUGCUUUUGCAGCACGGGAAGUUAGCACCGGGCAGCGCCUGCUGCUAAGGGGAUCCCGGGGGACUGAAAAGAGGCAAAGGCAAAGGGAGGGAAUCCAGAGGGAGAGUUUUUCUUGUCAGAAGUAGGAGGCUGUCUGACUCCAGGACUUCGUGAUGGACCCCAAGGAGCGGAAGAAAAUCCAGUUUUCGGUACCUGCGCCGCCCAGCCAGCUGGAUCCCCGUGCAGUGGAAAUGAUCCGUCGUCGGAGACCAACCCCAGCUUUGCUUUUCCAGCUUUCAGAAACUUCUUCCCCCGAAGAUGAAGCAACCCCUUAUCAGAGAACUCUGGGUGAAGGAUACCACCUUAAAAACAAAAGGAAUGCACCCUGUGUCUACACCCCUCCUUCUCUUAAAGCUGUGCAACGCCUAGCACAAAGUCAUCUGGAAUCCAACAGUUCCUGGGUGGAUGAAGAUUAUGCUGAAGAUGUUGAGGAGGAGGAGGAGGAGGAGGAAGAGGAGGAGGAAGAAGAAGAAGAAGCUCAGGAUUCAGAUGACUCUGUGAGGGAGAUGACUGGCUUGUAUAAAGCAGGAGAAUCCCAGGGGCAGGGUCCAGCUUCCAAAGGAAGACUGCUAAGACAAUGCACUGUCUUGGAAAAUAAACCCAAGGAAUCUGAGAAUCCAGUCUGCCCAUCUCUCUCCAAAUCACAGAAACGGAAAGGUGGGCAGAAAGUAUCCUUUGCAGGAUCUGUUGAGGAAGUCCCUACUGGAUCAGAGAAGUCAGAAGAUGGAGAUGCCCCAGAAGAGGAGACAAAUGUGAAACAGGAAGAGGGAGAUCCAACAUUAACAGAUCAUGACAUGGAACAGAGUCACUCUGACUGGAAAGAGAGACCUCCCUGUGCUGUUAAACUGGAAAAUCGUUCUUCUCCACCCCCCAUCCACACCACAACCUAGCACUGGAAGUGAAGGAUAGUUUGGGGAGAUAUCCUGUUGAUGGCAAUCUCUCAUUUUUCACGAGACCAAUUGGAUUACUUCCUUUAAUAACUAUUUUUCCUCUCUCUUUUCUGUUUUGAAUUUGUAUCUUAUUUGGCAGUGUUUGGUUAUGUUCAGUGAAUUAUUCAAUAGAAGGGUUGAAGGGAAGAAAGGUGAAUGAAAGCUACCUAGAAAUGAACCUUCACAUUCAAAGGCAAGAUAUUUCUGAGGGCCUGUAUUGUGGGCAUGUGGCAGGAUGGCUAUUUUUAUUGUGCCUUGCCAGUAGAUUUCACUGCAAGGGGAGGAAGGAGGCCAUCCAGUCAUUGUUUGACCUUCAACCCUGGACUAGAUGCUCAUUUGGUCGGAUCUAGCAUGAUCAUUAUUGGUUUUUUUUUAAUGUUUCUGCUCACCCACCCAGACCUGUUGAUUAUAUGACCAUGGUUUGUAAUAUUAAUAAUUACCUAAGGAAAUCAGAUUACUGAGGUGCUUCCAGACAGAUAGAGCCUUGUUCUAGUAAUAAAAAAGUAUUAUAUAACUAUUUUAUUUUUCAUUAUUUAAAAAUGGAAACUAUUGUGUGUUGAUGGGAGGGAGAAACAGAAGCAAUAUUAUGCAGCAACUGGAAGCAAUGGCCUAUAUAAAUCAUGUAAAAUUUCAUGAAGGAGAUUGAUUGCAUAAUAAAUUCCUUGUCUGGCAGCACUUCUUUUCUAAAAAUGUUGCCAUUUGAUUUCUAAAAAAUCAAGUGUGAAAAUUUGGUAUUUCAGCAAGUAGAAUUUAUAGCUGGGUUCAGCUUAAUAACCUAGAGAAAGAUCUUUAACUUCUAUCUCCCACAUCCAUUGUAACAUUCAAUGCUCAAAAAGCCGUAAUUCAAGAUUUAAUCAUUGAAUAGUUGAAUCUUCCUUCUUCCUUCCUUCUUUCCUUUCUCCCAUACCUUUCGCCCUGUGUAUUGGGCAAAGCCGUUCCAUGUUUCUCUGCUCUAUUGUAAAUAAAUACUGCAUUUAAAGAGUAUUUUAUGGAGGGAAGAGCCAACAAUGAAAGUUUAAGCCAGUUUUUUCUUAAUGUAUUAGCCAGGAACUACAGAAGGAAAAGUUUCAUGAUUUUGUGGAGUUGACUUUCUGAAAACAAUCUCUGUAUAUAUAAACCAAAGUUCAUUGGCAGUAGGAAUAUAAAAACAUUAGGACAAAUUUGGGAGGGUGGGAAGGAGGCAUCCAUUAUGAUUCUUCCAAUGUUUAUCCCUAGGAAAACCUCAAUUUUGGCUUCUAAAAACAGCCCAAGCAAACCAGUUGUCAAAUAUUCAAGACUUGAGUUUUGUAGUAUAGAAAUCAAGAAAUCAGCAAAAGUUUGCUUACUUAAAUGUUCAUUUAUGUAUUACUUCAACGUCUAUGCUGCUUCAAACUUCAUGACUUUAAUCUGCAGUUAGUAAAGUUAUUGCAGUCUACCUCUCCUUUGUAGGACACUUUUUAAUGCAGUUUAAGAUCCAGUUUUGUUGUUGUUGUUAAUCAGUCACUAAGUCAUGUCCAACUCUUCGUGACCACAUGGACCACAGCAUGCAAGGGCCCCGUCCUCCACUAUCUCCCUGCGUCUACCCUCCACUAUCUCCCUGAGUCUACCCAAACUCAUGCCCACUGUGUCAAUGACACUAUCUAAUCAUCUCAUCUUUUGCCAUCCCCUUCUCCUUUUGCUUUCCAUCUUUCAGGGUCUUCUCUAUUCUCAUUUUGGUGGCCAAAGUAUUUGCAUUUAAGCUAUAGUAUCGGUCCUUCCAAACAAUAGUCAGGACUGGUUUCCUUUAGGAUUGACUGAUUUGAUCUCCUUGGGAUCCACGGGAUUCUCAAGAGUCUUCUCCAACACCACAAUUUGAAAGCAUCAACUUUUCAGUUGAUGGUACGACUCAUAGCCAUACAUUACAACUCAGAAAACAAUAGCUUUGAUUAUACAGACCUUUGCUGGUAAGGUGAUGUCACUGCUUUUUAAUAUGCUAUCUAGGUUUGCCAUAGCUUUCUUCCAAGGAGUAAGCAUCUUUUAAUUUCAUGGUUGCAGUUGCUUUUCUGCAGUGAUCUUGAAGCUCAACAAAUAAAGUCUAUUACUGCUUCCAUUUCUUCUCCUUCUAUUUGCCAGGAAGUGAGGGGAACAGAUGCCAUGAUCUUAGUUUUUGUAAUGUUGAGUUUCAAGCCAACUUUUGCACUCUCCUUUUUCACCUUCAUCAAGAAGCUCUUUAGUUCUUCUUCACUUUCUGCCAUAAGAGUGAUAUUGUCUACGUAUCUGAGGUUGUUGGUAUUUUUCCCAGUACGCCUGUAAUUCAUCCAGCCAAAUAUUUUGCACGAGGUACCUUCCAUAUAAGUUAAAUAAGUAGGGUGAUGAUAUAUAGCCUUGUCAUACUUCUUUCCCUAUUUUGAACCAAUUAGUUGUUCCAUGUCUGGUUCUAACUAUUGCUUCUUAUUUAUUGUGAUCUACACAAUCAAAGGAUUUAGCAUAGUCAAUGCAUAUGUUUUUUUCUGGAACUCUCUUGCUUUCUCCAUAAUCCAGUGAAUGUUGGCAAUUUGAUCUCUAGUUCCUCUCCUCUUCAAAACCCAACUUGAACUUCUGGUAGUUCUUGGUUCAUAUAUUGCUGAAGCCUAGCUUGUAGGAUUUUGAGCAUGGUCUUGCUAGUGUGUAAAAUGAGUGCAAUUGUACAGUGCAAUGGAACAUUCUUUGGCAUUGCCCUUGUUUGGGAUUGGAAUGUAAACUGACCUUUUCCAACUGUGGCCAUUGUUGAGUUUUCAAAAUUUACUGACAUAUUAAAUGCUGAACUUUAACAGCAUCGUCUUUUAAAUUUUUAAAUAGUUCCACUGGAAUAGCAUCAUCUCCCCUAGCUUUGUUGUUGGCAAGAUCCAGUUUAGUGCCCUCCAAAUGUGCUAUAUCAUUUCUUGCAGUUAAUAUCUGUAUAGGACAUCAAAUCAGAUAUUUUAAUGAAGCUAUGAGAUAUGUCUAUAGUUUUCAGGGAAGUGGAACAGGUUUUCUAUAAUACUAGCUCUGUGAUCUGUGUACAUCUCAUAAAAGCAAUCAGAAAGGUGAUGGGGGGGCUAAGUUAGAGCUCUGGUGAAUAUUUCUUUGGUAGGGAGGAUGAUAUUACUUGCCUUGAAAAAAGUAACAGUGCACCCAUAUUUAAGAAGCCAUCCUUUUAUCCGCUUUAUGGAGUAACUAACAGGCUGCCUGCAAUUUUCCCUUUCUUGGAAAGAUGACUGAGAAGGUAAAGAACCAGUAGUUAAAGAGAGCUAUGGAUGAAACAGAUUAUCUGGAUGCCUUUAAUUAGGAUUCAGGCUGGGGUGAAGAUUGUUGUGGAUUACCUUGUGGGGACUGUAAGGAAUAGUGCCACCUUCCUUAGCUGACUUCCAUGACUCUUGAUACAUCAAUUAUGGUAUCCUGCUGGAUUGUUUAUGAGAACUGAAAACUGGUGACCUUCAGGUUCUAGAGUAAGCCCAUCUUUGACUCAAAAUGGGGUUCUGCACACUCAUAGAGAAUAGGCAAAUAAUCUGAAGGUAUUCCUGAACUCAUAGCUCCUGCUGGAAAUAAAGAUGAAAACAAUGGUCAGGAAAGCUUUUACACAGGUUCAACGUAUGCUCCAGUUGUGUCACUUAGGUCCUUGUCACUUCAUAUCUUCAUUACAGUCCCUCUUCUCUGAAACAGCUUAGCCCUAGAAACAGUCCUUUGUGUCAGAAUUUUAGUGAGCUAUUAAAACCUGGCUGUUCCAGAGUGUUUGGAGUAUGAGGGUAUUAUUCUAAGAUUGAAAGGAGGUCCGGAGAGAUAGAUGGGAAAAGUUAUAAUUGUGAUACUUAUAUACUAUUGAUUUUGUGGUGGUUUGAUUAUUAAGCAUUAUUUUAUUAUUUUUAAAUAAAUUACUAAAAGUGAGAAUUUGCUGUGCCUGUGGAUUGAAGCACAUAAAAGCCUAAAUAAAUAAAUAAUCUAAACAAA